GCGUCUCUGAGCUUCACACUUGGAAUGUGGCACUCUUUGGUUUUGACUUUGUUUGGAAUCUCCACUUUGGUCCAGGUUUCUGUUCAGGGCCCUUACCAGAGGACUCUGUUAAAAAACUUGCUAAAAGACUACAAUCCUAUGGAGCGACCAGUAGCCAAUGACUCACAGCCUCUCACAGUAAUCCUUACUCUCAGCUUGGUACAGAUCAUGGACGUGGAUGAGAAAAAUCAGGUUCUCACCACCAAUAUUUGGCUUAACAUGCAUUGGUAUGAUUAUUAUCUGCAGUGGAACCAAUCGGAAUAUCCAGGAGUGAAGAAUCUUCGAUUCACCACUGACCAAGUUUGGACCCCAGACAUCCUGCUCUAUAACAGUGCUGAUGAUGACUUUGACUCAACCUUUAAGACCAACGUGCUGGUGAAUUCCAGCGGCUACUGCACCUAUCUGCCUCCAGGUAUCUUCAUGAGCACCUGUAAUGUGGAUGUCCGCUGGUUUCCUUUCGACAUCCAGAAGUGUGAGUUGAAAUUUGGCUCAUGGACAUUUGACGGCUGGCUGCUGGACCUCCAGAUGAGUGAGGCUGAUAUUUCUGGCUACAUGCCCAAUGGAGAGUGGGACCUAGUGGGUGUGCCCGGCACAAGGAAUGAGGUUUUCUAUGACUGCUGUAAGGAGCCAUACCCAGAUGUGACAUUUGUGGUAACCAUCCGCAGACGAACACUCUACUACGCCCUGAACCUUCUCAUUCCCUGUGUCCUGCUCUCCUCCAUGACCCUACUGAUCUUUGUGCUGCCUGCUGACUCUGGAGAGAAGAUCUCACUGGGUAUUACAGUUCUGCUAUCACUAACAGUCUUCAUGUUACUGGUGGCAGAAAUUAUGCCUGCCACUUCUGACUCCAUUCCACUCAUAGGGCAGUACUUUGCUAGCAUAAUGAUCAUCGUUGGGAUGUCAGUCAUAGCAACUGUGGUUGUGCUACAAUAUCAUCAUCAUGACCCAAAUGGGGGAACCAUGCCUAAAUGGGUCCAGCUGGUUCUUCUCCAGUGGGUGGCCUGGUUUUUGCGCAUGAAGCGCCCUGGUGAGUGUGAAGACCCUGAGCGUCCUCCUUGUGCUCCCCAUCUACGCCGUUGCUCUUCAGGUUCCCAUACUGGCAGCCUUCCCAACACGGUUGAUCACCACCAGCACCACCAUUUGCCUACCACACUACACCCACUCCACCCCCAGAGCCUUUUGCAAGCAGUAGGCCAUGCCAACCACCUGCCCUCACAGGGUAACAGUGCUAACAACAAUGGUAACCUGCUCUACACUGGCUUCCCAAGCUUGGACGAGGCCUCGCCGUCUCCACUGUUGGUCGACUCGGCACCAAGGAACAGCAUAUCAGGUGGUGUCACUCGACCAGGGUCUUCUAGCCCGCCACCUCACUUGCCUUCACAUUUCAGCAGUCCUCCCCCUCCACCAACACCAAACCUGGAUGCCCCUGGAUGCCCCAGUACGGUCUCAGGUGGUGCUGGUGGAUGUUCAUGCUCAGCAGCCAGUGGCAGUGGAGGAGACCCACAGCUACAGGCUAUCCUGGAUGAGGUGCGUUACAUUGCUGAACGUUUCAGAGCCCAGGACGAAAGCGACAGUGUGGCUGAGCAGUGGAAGUUUGCAGGGGCUGUCAUUGACCGCCUCUGCCUUGUGGCCUUCAGUGUCUUUAACAUCAUCUGCACCAUCUCCAUCCUCAUGUCAGCACCCAACUUUGUUGAAGCUGUUUCCAAGGACUUCAUUUGAUGAGUCACAAAUGAAUGUACAAUGUAGGAAGAUAUGUAGAUGCAGGAAAGUCUGUCUGUAAACAGGAUAUAUCACAUAUAUCAAAGACCUUUGAGUUGUGGGAAACAUAAAGUGUAUUAAACAAUAUGACUCCAUAACUUUAAAUACUAGACAGACAUAUGGACAAGAAUUGACCUCUUUGUGGAAAUAGUAUCCAGCUAAACAUAAUUCACAAAGAGAGAGGGAGACAAUGGGAACUAAAAUCGCAUUCAAAAGAAUGUAACAUGGUCUUGUCAUCGUAGGACAAUACAAGAUCACUGUGAAGUGUCAAAAUAUAUUUUGAGAAUGUG